GAGCAACAAUGAUCUCUAAAAAGUCCUGACGGGGAAGAGAAUAAGUAGAGGGAGAGCAGAAAAGAAGGAGAUUAUUGAAAGAGGACUGAGAGGGUGAAAGAAGAGGCAUUUGGCAGUGGAGUGGACUGUGGAGAACACUUCCCAUUGGAGCCCUGCUGCUUAGGACCUUGAAGCUUACAGGUGAAUUCCCGAAGAUCCCUCAGGAGAUAAAGGCAUUUCUCAUGACCAUCACACCUUCUGAAGAAAAGUCUCCCUGUGUCACAGAAAAGGGGACACGUCAGUGCUUCUACACCUGCAUUGCUUGCUUUUUGGGGUUUUAGGACAGGUUUCUGUACAGCACUUUGAGAUAUCAGCUGAUAAACCGGUUGGAUAUUUCCGUUGAGAAUCUGAUAAGAAUCCCGGAGCGCGCAGGAAUAACAGAGGACUAAUGGCCACGUCUGAACCGACAGCCACUGGCGGGGACCAGGACCCCAACUCAGCCAAUUUACGACCUUCGUCUACAAACUAUGACGCGUGGAUGCAAGGCUGCACGCGGAAACUGGGUUUGAAGAUCUGUGGGUUCCUGCAAAAGAACAACAGUCUCGGGGAGGAAGGCCGGCUCGCAGGCUCACUCUCAGAACGCCAGAAGAACCUGUAUUCCUGUGACAACAGCGACCGGGAUGCCCGUUUCCGUCGCACUGAGACCGAUUUUUCCAACAUGUUCGCGAGAGACUUACUUCCCGCCAAAAACGGAGAAGAGGCGACUAUGCAGUUCUUGUUGGAACUUGUGGGCAUCCUCACCAACUACGUCAGGAAGACGUUUGACCGUUCCACCAAGGUUCUGGACUUCCACCACCCUCACCAGCUGCUCGAGGGCAUGGAAGGAUUCAACCUCGAGCUCUCUGACCAGCCAGAGUCCCUCGAGCAGAUCCUCGUGGACUGCAGGGACACGCUCAAGUACGGCGUGCGAACAGGUCAUCCACGGUUCUUCAACCAGCUGUCUACGGGGCUGGACAUCAUUGGGCUGGCUGGGGAGUGGCUCACCUCCACAGCCAACACCAACAUGUUCACCUAUGAGAUCGCUCCAGUGUUUGUCCUGAUGGAGCAGCUGACGUUGAAGAAGAUGAGAGAGAUGAUUGGCUGGCCCUCGGGAGAGGGGGACGGCAUAUUCUCACCAGGGGGCGCCAUCUCUAACAUGUACAGUGUGAUGAUUGCUCGCUACAAGUACUUCCCAGAGGUCAAGACCAAGGGCAUGGCUGCCGCUCCCCGCCUGGUGCUCUUCACAUCAGAACAUAGCCACUACUCUAUCAAGAAGGCCGGGGCAGCUCUGGGCUUUGGUUCUGAGAACGUGGUCCUGUUGAGCACAGAUGAGAGGGGGAGAGUUAUUCCUGCUGAUCUAGAAGCUAAGAUCCUUGAUGUCAAGCAGAAGGGUUACCAUCCUCUGUUUGUGAAUGCUACAGCUGGUUCUACAGUCUACGGAGCAUUUGACCCCAUCAAUGAGAUCGCUGACAUCUGUGAAAAAUACGACAUGUGGCUCCACGUAGACGGUGCAUGGGGAGGUGGUCUUCUGAUGUCCAGGAAGCAUCGCCAUAAGUUCAGCGGAGUAGAGAGGGCUAACUCUGUCACAUGGAAUCCUCACAAGAUGAUGGGAGUGCCUCUACAGUGCUCCGCCAUCCUAGUCAGAGAAAAGGGUAUUCUGGCAGGCUGUAACUCGAUGUGUGCUGGGUACCUGUUCCAGCCCGAUAAACAGUAUGAUGUCAGCUAUGACACGGGAGACAAGGCCAUCCAGUGUGGCCGACACGUUGACAUCUUCAAGUUCUGGCUCAUGUGGAAGGCCAAGGGCACUAUAGGGUUUGAGCAGCACAUUGACAAGUGUCUGGACCUGUCUCAGUACCUCUACGACAAGAUCAGAAACAGACAGGGAUACGAGAUGGUGUUCCAGGGAGUGCCCCAGCACACCAACGUGUGUUUCUGGUACAUCCCACCCAGUCUGAGAGGCUUGGAACACAACAGUGUGGAGUAUCGAGAAAAACUUCACAAGGUGGCGCCCAAGAUCAAGGCAAUGAUGAUGGAGUCAGGGACGACCAUGGUGGGCUACCAGCCUCAGGGCCAGAAGGUCAAUUUCUUCCGCAUGGUCGUCUCCAACCCCGCAGCCCUCCAGUCAGACAUCGACUUCCUCAUUGACGAAAUCGAGAGGCUGGGGCAUGACCUGUAAACAGUGCCACCCCAGUGGGCAGAGGCCAAAAUGGUCGUUUUCCAUGUUUUACCUGUGACCAGAAGAAUCGGCUCUGAGAUUUUAAAAAAUGAUAAUAAUUUUUAGAUGCUCUUGAUUUGUCCUAAACAAUUCUCUCCAUAGGUAGAAUGUGUAAACCAGAGCCUUCAAUAUGGUGGGUACACACUGCGAUACUACAUUUUUACUAACGUGUGUAGAGUCCUGUGUUGUGUGUUUGUGUUCUAGUCCCUCAGUCAUCCAGUAGUCAUCUGUCUAUCUGUGUUGUACAGAAGAUUCAUAAGAGGAACCAUGGUAACGUAACACAGGGAAACUAUCUACAUCAGUGUGUGUGUGUGUGUGUGUGUGUGUGUGUGUGUGUGUGUGUGUGUGUGUGUGUGUGUGUGUGUGUGUGUGUGUGUGUGUGUGUGUGUGUGUGUGUGUGUGUGUAUAAAUACAAAGAAAUGCUUGAGAGCACAAAUAGUAUAGUGUACACAUGUUGCCCCCAGAACAGCCUCAAUUCGUCGGGGAAUGGACUCCCCAAGGUGUCAAAUGUUCCACAGGGAUGCUGACCCAUGUUGACCAAUGCUUCCCACAGUUGUCAAGUUGGCUGGAUGUCCUUUGGGUGGUGGACCAUUCUUGAUACACACAAGAAACUAUUGAGUGUGAAAAACCCAGCAGCUUUGCAGUUCUUGACACAAACAGGUGUGCCUAGCACCUACUACCAUACCCUGUUCAAAGGCACCUACAUCUUUAGUCUUACCCAUUCACCCUCUGAAUGGCACACAUACGCAAUCCAUGUCUCAAUUGUCUCAAGGCUUAAAAAUCCUUAUUUAACUUGUCUCCUCCUCUUCAUCUACACUGAUAGAAGUGAAUUUAACAAGUGACGUCAAUAAGGGAUCAUAGCUUCACCUGGAUUCAGCUGGUCAGUCUAUUUAAUGGAAAGAGCAGGUGUUCUUAAUGUUUUGUACACUCAGUGUAUUGUGAUAUUGUGAUAUAUGAGAUACUUAAUUUGAGCUCAGUGUAUAUAUAGGAUCAUUCUAGAGCCAGAUGUACCAACUCAAAGUGUUAAACCUUGAACUCCAGUGUGUGUUUUGUGGAGGUGUGUGUGUGUGUGUGUGUAACAGUGUGUGUACCCUGUGCUGUAACCUAAUGCUGUAUCGAUCUUUGAGCUAUGACCUUAGUGUUAACUGUCAGAUGACGUUGCCCCUGUAUACUGAUCUAGGGUCACUGUUAUGUUUUUCUCCCUUAUGGUUAAUAUUAGGGUUUGGGGGGAGGGUGAGCUUAUCCUAGAUCUUUGUCUAAAAGCGACUUCUACUUGCAGCGUGUAGAAAACGAUCUCCUUGCGUGUGUUAAACAAGCAUACAGUAUGGGUCAGUGCUAUCCGGGUUCAUUGGGACGUCCCUACCCUAAACCCUAACCCCGUACCCUAACCUUAACCAUAACCCUUACCCAAUCCUAAACCUUUACUUAACCAUUUCAAAGUUCUACUUCAAUGGGGUAAGGACGUUCCAAGUAUCCCGGAUAGCAAUGACCAAACAGUAUGUGACCAUUUUUGAAAAUGUUUAAAUAUUAACACGAUAAUGAUAUAUAUAAAUAUGCUUAAUUUAUAGCAUUACGAGUGUUUUAAAAGUCAGGUAUUUUCUUCCAUUUGUAUGAGUAUCGUUGAUUGAUAUUCUAUAGCCUCUAUGUAAUCUGUAGAUUCUAAUAAUAAUUCAUCAAUUAUAUUAUAGUGAAUUUGUGAGCCAAAGAAAGUGAAUAUUUUGCAGUGAUCAGAUUGUCUGUAUGAUACGUAACUAUUGUGAGAUUAUAAAGAAAUAGAUAUUCUCUGACAGGAAUAUAAUUACAUGAAUGUAAUAUACUAACUUAUACUGUCUGUAUUAUAUACCUUCAGCGUUUUGGGAACUCAUUGGUAAAUCAAAGAGCUUCAGUUCGUGUCUUUGCACACUACUAUCCUUUUUUAUUUAUUUCAUUUCAAAUGGAUGUGUAUUGCAGUAAGUUAAGAAUUAUGGCAUUAUAAAUAUAUCUUUAUGGUAUCUUUUUAUGGGACCAGCUAAGUAAACUGUGCAAUGACCUAAAUCAUGUGACCAAUUUGGAUGUGUAUGAAGCCCUAGUGGGAGGUUUGUCCUUAGGAAGGUACAGGAGGCACUUUAACUCACAAUCAUGCAAUGUUGCAGCUACAAUAAAGUCUGUCUGUUGUUUCAACUGUU